AUGAAGUCCUCCCACCUUGCCGCCGCCGUGCUGGCGGUGGUCUUCGCGCUGCACUGCGCCCUCGCCACCAGGCCCGCCUUCACCACCGUCGAGGCCCCGGCUGCCACGCUCUGCGCCUUCCGCGGUGCCUGCCCUCGCGGCGACUGGGCUCUGCUGAGCCGCUCCGCCGCCGACGAGCUUCACUCCGUCACCAUCGCCGUCAAGCUGCGCGCCAACGCUGAGGCCGUGUGCGAUGCGCUCCUCAUGGAGGUCUCGACGCCCGGCUCGCGCAAGGCCGGCCUGCACUACACCCACGAGCAGGUGGGCCAGCUCCUGAGCGACUUCGAGCACACCCGCACCGUCGAGCAGUGGCUGCGCGCCCACUCGAUCGAGCACCAGACCACGGCCAACGGCGACUUCAUCCACGUCACCGCCUCCGUGGCCAAGCUCGAGCAGCUCCUCCACGCCCAGUUCCAUGAAUUCUCCUCCAAGGCCCUCGAUUUCACCGUCCGCCGCACCAGCUCCAUCUCGCUCCCCGCGAAUGUGGCUGCGUCGAUCGACUUCAUCACCAACACGAUCCGCUUCCCCAACAUCAAGGCCCACUAUGCCAUGAUGACUCCCAGCGGCGCCCAGCACAGCGCGCGCCAGAGCAGCAGCGGCAACGUAACUCCCCAGACCAUCUACCAGUUCUACGGAGUGACCAAUACCACCGUGACCCGCCCCGUGGGCCAGUCGGUCUUCGAGACGGGCCAGAACUUCUCGCCCUCCGACUUGGCCAGCUUCCAGAAGCAGUACGGCCUGGUGCAGAACCCGGUGAAGACGGUGAUCGGCAGCAACGACGGCUGGGUGUGCUACUGGUCGCCCGACAGCUGCGCCGAGGCGAGCCUCGACGUGCAGUACAUGAUGGCCAUGGCCCAGAACGCCCCCACCACCUUCUGGUCGAUGGACUCGACGUCGCAGGACCCCUUCUACGACUGGAUCAUCGCCCUGGCCGGCACGGCCAACCCGCCGCUCGUGCACUCGAUCUCCUACGGCUCGAUCGCCACCGAGGACUCCAAGACCGACAUGACCCGCUUCAACACCGAGACCUGCAAGCUGGGCCUCAAGGGCGUCACCAUCACCGUCUCGUCCGGUGAUGACGGCGUGGCUAACUACGAGGCCCGCAGCGACUCGUCGCAGUGCGGCUUCAACCCGUCCUUCCCCGCCACGUGCCCCUACGUGACCGCCGUCGGCGCCACCAUGGGUCCCGAGUUCGGCCAGCCCGAGGUGGCCUGCACGUCCAACAACGGCGGCCUCAUCACCACCGGCGGCGGCUUCUCCGUCUUCUUCCCGCGUCCCUCGUACCAGGACGCCGCCAUCAAGCAGUACCUCACCACCGCGCCCAACCUGCCCCCGUCGUCCAUGUACAACACGGCCGGCCGCGGCUACCCCGACGUGGCCCUGCUCGGCCACAACUACCAGGUCGUCAUCGGCGGCGGCACCUACACCGUGUCCGGCACGUCGGCCUCGUCGCCUGUGUUCGCCGGCUUCGUCACCCUGAUCAACAACUACCGCGCCUCGAUCGGCAAGGGCCCCGUGGGCUUCAUCAACCCGGCCCUCUACCAGUUCGCUGCCCAGAAGAAGCCCGUCUUCAACGACAUCACCGUCGGCGAGAACAACUGCUGCGCCGGCAGCCCCGGCUCGCAGGUCUGCUGCCAGUACGGCUUCAACGCCACCGCCGGCUGGGACCCCCUCACCGGCCUCGGCUCCGUCCGCUUCCCCCAGCUCCUCCAGGCCCUCGCCCAGAUCUAA